AUGGUGCAAACUCAAGUCAUUCAGCACGUGGUGCCUAAUGUCUGUUGCCGGAAACCAAAGAAACCAAUGAAAAAUGUUAAAACAAAUUACAAACAGAUACAAAAGAAUUGCAUGAAAAAGAAAGCACCUGUAUCACACCCUCAAAAUACAACUUGUGAGCCUAUUUCCUGUACAAAGGAAAAGAAAACCGAGAACGAACAUAAAGAAUCAGACGAAGUUAAAGAAGAGAAUCACGAAGAAGAUAAAAAAGAGAAUCAUGAAAAAGUUAAAAAAGAGAAUCAUGAAGAAAUAAGAAGAUUUACAACUGCUGUGGAGGAUAUUAAGAAGAGAAGAAGAGAAGAGCGACUGGCAAAGCAAAAACAAGCUGACGAAGAAAGAGAACGGUUCGUUAAAGAUGCUGAAGAAAAGAAAGCUGCUGAAAGAGCAGAAAUAAUAAAAGAAGCGAAAAGAAUAAUUUUUUACCGGAAACCAAUGUGUCGGCGAAUUAAUCAGGGUCUCGUAGUUUCCGAGUGCUUAAAAGAAUUGGAGGAACAACUUAAAUUUCGGGAAACUAUUAAAAAUAUAGAUAAAGAGGCGGAAAUUGCUUAUGUGAAAUCGCUAAGGGAUGAUCUGGCAAAGUAUGAAGAAGAAACGAAAAAGAAAGCGGAUGCUUAUCUUGAGAAACGAAAAAGUUAUGCUACAGAAUUAAGGAUGCAAAUCGAAGAAAUUCAAAGAUCAACGAAAGCUGAAGAAAAUAGAAAAUUCCAGGCUGAAAAACAAGAACUAUUAGAUACAAAUAAAUAUUUGAUCGAUGCUAAGGAACGCGAAAUGCAAGAAUUGUUGAACAAGAAACAAAGACUGAGUCAAUUUUUCAAAGACGCGAUCGAAGAGAAGAAGCAAUUCAAUUUGAAACUUAAAUACGAGGAGGCAUUCGAAGAUCGAGCGAUUGAAAUUUAUCAAAAGGCUAAAGCACGAAUCAGAAAGGCACAUAAAGAGAUGAUACUGAAGGAGAAGAAAGAAAGAGAACGUAGAGGAGAUGAAACAGGUGAAUGA